AUGCCUUUUCUUUUAAGCACGACUACAUGGCUUCUCAUAGCUAGCAUCAUUUUCCUAUCGAUUACAAUUACCAAGGGUUUAUGGAAUCCUCUUUCGCGCGUUCCUGGCCCCUGGUAUUCGCGUUGGACGUCGGCGGUUCUAACCUACCACUGGCUUUAUGGAAACCAAUCCGCUUACAUUCACAUGCUUCACGAAAGAUAUGGCAAAGUUGUGCGCAUUAGUCCUCGCGAAGUUGACAUUGCCUCCGUCUCUGGGGCCAAACAGAUACACUCUUUCAAGGACCCUUUUCUGAAAUCAGAGUUGUAUGAGCGGCUGAAAGGUGGGAACGGGUCCCACAACGUUUUCAGUACUCGAGAUGUUGAUUUUCAUUCCCGGAAUCGACGCCUUCUAUCUGCACCGCUCUCAGAAUCCAACUUGAAGGAUGUAGAACAUGUCGCGAAAGCACGAGCUGAUCUAGCUGUCGAAAAGAUUGGUCUGGAGAUGCAGAAGCGUGGUGCAGCAGACGUGUUAAAGUGGUGGACAUUUUUCACAACUGAUGUCAUUGGAGAAUUAACCUUCGGUGACAGUUUCCGUAUGCUGGAACAAAGCAAGGAAAACCAAUACACGCAAGAUCUUCGUGCGAAUGCUACCUUCGACAGCGUUCGCUUAGCCUUCCCCUCCAUCGUAAAGUUGGCUUCGUACGUCCCGCUACCAUUCUUCUCUCAAGCUCACAAAGCAACACAGCGCAUGGUAUCUUACGCUGAAGAAUCUAUUCAUCGCUACAAGACUACCAUGGAAGCCGAACCACAGAAUCCGAAACCUACCUUGUUUACAAAGCUUGUCAAGGCAGUCGGAGAGAGCAUGCCCGAAGCUGAAAUGAUAUCAAACGCGCAAGCUUACAUAACAGCUGGAAGCGAGACGACUUCAGUUACUAUGACCUAUCUCACAUGGUCCGUUUGUCGAGAUGAUUCGAUUAAGGCAAGACUUCUUGGGGAAAUUAAAUCUUUGCCCGUUGACUACAAUGACCAAGAACUGAAGGCGUUGCCGUACCUGUCUCAAGUCAUCCAGGAGACUUUGAGAGUCUUUGGUUCCGCGCCGGCCCCUUUACCAAGAGACAUUCCAAAGGGCGGAGCUCACGUUGAUGGGUAUUGGAUGCCUGGCGGUACUGUUGUGCAGACCCAGUCGUACAGUAUGCAUAGAGAUGCAAGCAUAUACCCCAAUCCCGAGACAUUCGAUCCUUCGAGAUGGGAGUCACCUACAAAAGAGAUGAAAGACGCCUGGAUGCCAUUUGGUGCUGGUGCUCGAGUCUGUAUUGGACUGAAUCUGGCGCAAAUGGAGCUUCGUGCGGCUACUGUAAGGUUUUUCAAACGCUUUCCAAACGCUAGAGUAUCGACCUUACAUGGAUUUACCGACAAGGAAAUGGAGCAAGUCGUUUAUUUCAUUAUGUACCCUCGAGGUAAACGAUGUCUUAUAACCAGUAGCUAG